GCCAUGUACGCGUUCUGUUGUUAGUGAUAUGACAGUGCGACGUUUUCUCUCCCGCGCGGGGCCUUCGAAGUGGCCGUCUGCUACGAUCGUGCUUCUGCUCGUAGCGGCAACCAGCGCCAGAAGCGGUGAGGGUGAACUGUGCCAUUCAAAAAAUGGAGGCUCUGGAAAGUGCCUGCAUAUCAGCUUAUGUCCAUCAGCCAUUCACAGGGUGUAUAAAGGUAUCGAGCUGGACAUAUGUGGUUUCCAAGGCAGUGCAGCCAUAGUGUGUUGUGAAGAUCCUUCUGCCUCCAGUCAAGUAAUUGCAGGAGAUCAACCAGCUAGAAAGCCAGAAACACCACCAAAUGGACUACCUGAAUCACCAACCAAACAACCAAACAGAAGGUUUGGCUCUGAGUUCCAGCCUCCUACCACACAAUUUGGUAACACUUCCAGUCAGAAAACUAGGAGGAGUAUUAGUGAAGAGAAAUGUGACGAGUAUACAAGGUCGGUGCAAGAUAUAUUUGAAGCUCUACCACUCCUUCCAGAUGCUGAUCCACUAAUUAUAAAAGUGGACAAAUGUGAUUUUGAGAAUCUGCCACUAAUUGUUGGAGGGGAGGACACUGAUGUUGGAGAGUUUCCUCACAUGGCUGCUAUUGGUUAUCAAGUUGAUGGUAAUCUGGAAUGGAACUGUGGGGGAUCAUUAAUCAGUGAAUAUUAUGUCCUUACUGCUGCACACUGCACACAUAUUGGAAAGUAUCCUGCAGUGAUAGUUCGUCUUGGUGAGAUGAAUCUGAAACGUGAUGAUGAUGGAGCACAUCCUGUGGAUUAUCACAUUGCAGAUUUAGUGCGCCAUCCUGAAUACAAAGGACCAAGCAAAUACAAUGAUAUUGCUCUGUUACGUCUUAGUGAGCGUGUGGAUUUCAACAAGUUUAUACGACCUGCUUGUCUCUACACACAUGAUAAAUUCUCUGUCAGCAAGACAGUUGCUACUGGUUGGGGUAAAAUUGAAUAUGCUGGAAAAACAAGUGACACUUUGCGGAAAGUUGUUCUUGAUAUAAUAGAUAAUGAAAUGUGCAAUAACUUAUGGAAAAGUCUUCGCAAGCUCACAAGUCUGCCUCGUGGAAUUGCACCAUCAAUGAUGUGUGCUGGGGUCCUUACAGGUGGCAAAGACACUUGUCAGGGUGAUUCUGGUGGACCAAUUCAGAUAUCUACCAAAGGAAAUCAAUGUGUAUAUCAUGUUAUUGGAGUGACAUCAUUUGGGAGUUACUGUGCUGGAGAAGAUUCACCAGGAAUAUAUACACGUCUCUCUUCUUUUAUUCCAUGGAUUGAGAGCAUUGUGUGGCCAGAUGGUUAGCUUAAAGAACGGAUCACUAAUUUGAGAAAAGUUUUUAAAAGUCAGCCUUGUCAUAUAUUUUAAAUUUAAAGCUGAAAUCAGGAAUGUCUCAUGUGGUUACCUGAUUGUUUCAUUGGUGUAUGUUGUGGUUACAGAUCUGACACUCAGAUAUUCAGCCAAAAAGUUGUUAAAAUCA